CAAUCCCUCUUUCACAUAGCCACCCUGCUCCUUCUCCACACCCCUACAGUCUCCUCCUGUCCUGCGUCCGCUUGCACUGUCCUCUCGUGUUUGAAAGACAAGAUGAGAGGUGGUGCGUGUGUGUGGUGUGUGGGCCUCCUGGUUUUAGGGUUGCGAUGGACACAAGGACAAACCAACUUCACAAGGCCAGUUUUCCGAUGUGGGGGUUUUUUAACAACAAAUUCAGGCUUUCUGGCAAGUGAAGACUUCCCUGAUCAUUACAAACCCAACACCAAAUGCACCUGGUACAUCACUGUUCCAGAGGGUCAGGUGGUCAUGAUCCAGUUCCGUAUCUUUGACCUGGAGGCUGACCCUACCUGUCGCUAUGACUACGUGGAUGUGUACAAUGGUCACUCGUACACUGUGCAGAAACUGGGCCGCUUCUGUGGAACGUUUCGGCCUGGGGCUCUGAUUUCUACCUCCAACCUCAUGAUGCUGGAGAUGGUGUCUGACUCGGGCAGGGGAGGCCGUGGUUUUCUGGCCUUCUUCAGCGGUGGAAAGCCACAUGUGGAUGAGCAUCAGUUUUGUGGUGGCAGGUUGUCAAAGCCUCAUGGUUCAGUGAAAACUCCAAACUGGCCAGAUUCUAAUUACCCAGCAGGGAUCAGCUGUUCCUGGCACAUCACUGUAGCGACCAACAUGGUGAUUGAGGUAAAGUUUGAGAAGCUGGACCUAGAGACAGAUAAAUACUGUCGCUUCGACUACGUGGCACUGUUUAAUGGUGGAGAAUCAGACAAUUCACGACGUAUAGGCAAAUUCUGUGGAGAUGUAGCACCAGAGCCAGUUGUGAGCAGAGGAAAUGAGCUGCUGGUGCAGUUUGUGUCUGACCUAAGUUUGACAGGGGCAGGUUUUAUGGCACACUAUAAGAGCAUUCCACGUGGUUCUCAAACCGCAACACCAACCCUGGACACUGUGCCUGGACCUAGAAUUGACUCUGACUCAAUUUCUAAACCUAGAACAACAUCUUCACCCACAGCAAGAACUAAACCCAGACCUACACCUAAACCUAAAGCAACCCUGAAACCUCCAUCUGGGCCACGGAAGCCUAAGCCUAAACCAACCAAACCUACACCUAAACUUAAGCCUACACCAAAACCUCCAGUGAAACCAACAAAAAAGCCUAAAGCUAAACCAACUCCAAAACCUAAAACUAAACCAACUCCAAAGCCUAAAACUAAACCAACCCUAAAGCCUAAAACAAAACCAACAUUAAAACCAAAAGUUAAACCAAGUAUUAAGCCUUUUGCUAAGUCCACAGCUAAACCAGGCACAAAGCCAGUAAAGCCCACACCUGCAUCUAAAGUCCAGCCCAAACCCAAGCCUGGUGUGAAAACCACUUCGAAACCAAAGACCAAUCCUGCCACUAACACAAGCACCAAGAUCACCUCUACAGGAAACAGGAAAUCAGUUGAGGAUCCGCAGUGUACACAGCCAUGUAAGAGGACCGGGACUCUUCUGACCAGCUUUUGUCCCAGCCAUUUUGUGUUCACCGGGAAGGUGACAGCAGUGAAGCCAAUCUCCGGUGGUAGAGUUGAGGUGAAUGUAUACAUCAUGAAGACCUAUAAAACAGGCAAACUUAACAUUACCAGACGAGGCCCAGCUAUGUCUGUCACGCUUACAGUUCCCUGCUCCAAAUGCCCUGUACUGAAAAAAGGAAUAAACUAUGUGCUGAUGGGCCAGGUGAAUGAAGAUGGACGUGGCAUUCUGAACCCUUCCAGUUUUGUCCUAUUCCAUAAGCAGGUGCACGAUAAAGCACUGGCCAUUUUAGCUAAGAAAACAUGCUAACAUCAUGCUAUCACAAUGUUGGAAACCAGUGUUGCUUUUUGAGGCAGAAAAUGACAAAACAGUCAUAUGGUCUGAAUACUAACCUAAAACAACACUUCUUUGUGACAGUUUUAACAGAAUGUCCGUGAAUUGUUUUGCCACUACUACAAAUAAAGUGUGUAUUUACCUUUAAAAUAUUAUUCACCUCAACAUGAAAUACAGAAACUUAAAUCUUUAAACCUUUACAAAGUACAUGAGAAAAACCUUAAUUAUGGACAUGAGAUAAAUAUAUGGUGAGCAAAAUGUGGUCUAGUAAUAUUUGUGCUAGACAGAUCACAUUGUAUUUUAUAUUUUUAAAUUAUACAAAGUUCUGUGAUUAAAGGAUUUUAACUAGGA